AUGGCCGUUCAGCCCCGACGCAUUCGCGGAGCAGUGCUCUUGGGCCUGUGCUUGUGCAGCAUUUGGACCUUUUCUGCACAGCAAGCAUUCACCAAGACAGAGGUCAUUGAGGAGACGGAUGUUUCCACUGGUGUGAAGUUGGUGGCAGAGCAUCCACUCCUCUUCAGCUUCCUGAGCAUGGCCCUGUGCGGAGCGCUCUGCUGCACCGAGAAUUCCGCCACCCCUCGCCAGGGCAACGCGGAGGACCGCGCGGACUACAACAGCUUCUUGAUGAUUCAGAACAUCCUUUGCUUCGCCUCCGGCAUUGUGAACGCUUUGACCAUCAUCGACAUGGGCAUGACGGUGUCUCACCAGUCGGGCAACACGUCUCACACGGGGCGUCUCAUCAUGAACGGCGGCGCCAAGUUCGGACACCUCUUGGCCUCCUUCUGCUUCGGUUCCUUCUUCGCGGGCUUCAGCAAGUCUGACUGCGAGGCCAUCUACUCAGGCCGCUACUCCCCCAACUUGUUGGCUGCCACCAUCGCGGUGGUGCUUGGAUGCACGGUGCACUACUGCAAGGAGCAUGGCGGUGCGGGCAAUGACAACACUUCGGGCGAGGAGAAUGAUGGCAACAAAAGAGGGGAUGAUGCGAUCGAAACAUUUGCUUUUGUCGAGUUUCAGGCCGACAAGCGUAUCAUGGGUCGCAGCAGCUUCAUCAAGCUCAAGCCGCAAAGAAUGCUUGCUGCUCUUCGCCUUCUCUCAGGGUAUCCAGAACGGCAUCACCCGCCGCUGCUUGUCGCUGCCCAUUUGCACCACUCACUUCACUGGCUACCUCACCGACGUGGGCACCGGCUUCGGCGCCUGGGCCCGUGCCACCAUGAACGGCGAGAAGCCUCCUACCCUCCUCAAGGUCUUGCUCUUCUUCGCGGGCACCCUCUUCUUCUUGCUGGGUGGCGUAGCGGCCAAGGAGCUUCACGGGCCUUACAACAUGCAGGGUGCUUUGGUGGCUGCCGGCCUCAUGGGCGCGAUCUCCGCUGGGCUGGUCCCCGUGGUGAAGGUGAAGAAGACCUCCCCGUGAGGACGUUUGGUGCGGCGAUUGGCCGAUUUUUUCCGAGAUUUAAAAGCUUCACGACCCACUGUGGUUGCGAGCCCUUUGCACGGGUUUGGAGGAGAAGUCCCAUCCUCCGAUCUCAGUGUGGAGGAACAAUUUGGGUCUUCUUAGCUUGCCGAUGGAUUUAA